AUGCUCUUGGUUUGCCCAGCCAAAACAGAACUUGGCUUCUGGUCAGCUUCGCAGAGACAUGUGGCCCUGAAGAGCAACUGUUUUUUUCCCCAUCAGUUCUCAUGUCUCCAGUUCUGUCAACCGUCAAUAUAUAAUAGACCUCAGAACUAUAUGUCCAGUAGUUGCCUCCCCCAGAAACACCUGACUUACGGCUGCAAGCUGCAGAACAUCAUCUCUUGUGGGUAUAAACCACUGAACUUUGCGUCCAUCACCUGCCACCCUUUGAAAUAUCUCUCCUACGACUGUCAACCUCUAGGUUAUGAGUCCAGCAGCUUCGGACCCCUGGACUUUGUAUCUAAUAGUGUUCAACCUGUUCCUUACAUACAUGGCAGUUUCCAACCAGCUUUUUCUUCCUUUGGGACUUGGCAAUCUCCAUUUAUUAGAUGA